AUGGCAGUCGCCCAGCAAGAACAAGAGAGACAGGCGAACAAGACUCGGAGGGAGGCACAGCGCUACCGAGUAGGCGACAAGGUAUGGCUGAAGCUCGAUCAGCAAUACAGCACAGGGCGAAGCUCAAAGAAGCUCGACUGGAAGAACGCUAAGUACACGGUGGUAAAGGUAAUCGACAGCCACUCAGUCGAACUAGACACGCCCCCAGGCCCACACCCUGUAUUUCAUGUUGAUCGGUUAAAACUUGCUAGCAACGACCCGCUUCCGAACUAA